AUGACGUCACAACAAUGCGACGGCCGCUGUCAUGUAACAUGUGAACCGGUGGAGGUGCAGAAUUGUCUAAAAUACCCCGUAUUGAGGUUCUUAAUUGGCCGCACACAUAAUGAGCCAACGGCUGCUCCUGCGAUCACGUCUCGCCUGUGUCCUGCUGUGGCCGCGGAGCUGCACAGGACGCCUCUCUGGGCCUCCACCUCCUCCAGACUUAUGUGUGACGCAAUGACAGUAAAGAAAGAAGAGCUACCUGCACGUACCCAUCUGGACGACCUGACAGAUAAGGCUGUCGUACCAGAGGACAUCCUGCAGGCCUGGGAAGAGAAUUCAGGAACAGGGAACCAAGCCGCAAUAACUCUUAAAAAGUGGACUCAUUUAGUGAUUAAAACAAGAGGAAGGUUUAAGGAUCAACCCCCUGAAAUGCUUGCAGAUCCAAGGCUGAAGGACAUGAUGAGCACUCUAUCUCAGCAGGUGUCGUUAGUGUGGAACAGCACGCUGGUGUCUGCGCUGCAGGCCUUGUGGAUCAUGAACCUGCCGCCCAUGGACCCAGUGCAGACGUCUGUUCAGACUGAGAUGCUGUGGCGCAUUCGCAGACUCUCCUACAAACAGCUGGGUCAUUUGAUCGACUGGGGAGCUGGUCACAAAGGAGCACAGGUCGUGGGCUUGGUAAACGCUGCACUGAAGCAGCUUGAGCUCCGGUGGACGGAGAUAGCAGACGUUAGAACCAUCAGUACUCUGAUAUCCAAAGGCGAGCGCAUGUCGCCCACUCUCCUGGAUAGACUGGAGGACAAGGCUUUGGAGUUUGCUGAAAGUUUCUCCUCAGAAGAUAUUCGUAAAGUGUGUGUGUCGUUGGCGGGACAGAGUCGGCGUUCUGUCCCUCUCCUCAGAGCUCUUUCAUACCACCUUCUGCAGAAGCCCUCUUCAGACUUCUCCACCCUGCUCAUGCUGGAUAUGGCAUUUGCAUAUGGAAAACUGAAUUUCCACCACACUCAGGUGUUUCAGCGCAUGGCCGCAGAGCUUUUACCCAGAGUCCCUGAACUCAGCCCUAUGGAAGUCGUUCGUCUUUCUAAGUCUUUUGGUUUCCUUAAAUGGCUCCAUCUUCCUCUGUUUGAGGCCUUUGCUGAGAAUUAUACUUCAAACAGUCAGAAGUACAAUAUUUAUCAACUCUCCAAUAUCAUCAUGACGUUUGCUCGACUUGGUUUCCAACCAAGCAAAGGAGAUGAGUUUUAUACAAAGGUUCACUCAUCGCUGGAGCAGUCUCUGACCAGACUGGAGCCGUUCCUGCUGACGGAUGUGGCUUGGUCCUUAUGUGUUUUGCAGCAGGCGAAGCCUCAGUAUCUGAUCCCUCUGUUACAGCAGCAGCACAUCUCCGCUCUCUCUGACAGCUCUCCAAAUCGCAGAAAUAACUACCGGUUAAAGCUUCUCCACGUCGCCGCCACGCUUCAGUUGGAACACCCAGGAUCCUUCAGCACAGCAGCCGCUCAGACCGCCCUGGACGCCCUUCCCCAUGACCCCGUCUCCCCCCUCUCCACCAUCUCCCCUCUUCAGAGCAACGUGAGAGAAAUUCUGGGCUCUCUGGUUGACGGCAGGAGCGAGGCGCUGCGAGUAGCAGUUGAUACGCUGUUGGGCUGGACGCUGGAUGGUGAGAUGAUUGUGGACGGAGACAACAAGCCUGUGAACCUGCUGUCCUUCAAAGCUCCACAUUUAAGCAGCGGAGGAGGCAAAGAAGAAUUACCCGAAGGCUUUCGAAGACUUGCGUUCGUAACUCUGGAGUUUCCAAACUUCUGCUCAAAGAGUAAAGACCUGUUGGGACGGUUCACCCUGAUGAAGAGACACCUGCUGCUGUCCGGCUUCAUCACGGUGGAGGUGCCGUAUUACGAGUGGCUGCAGCUCAAGAGCGACUACCAGAAAGUGUCAUAUUUGAAGGAUAAGAUUGGAAAAGCCGUGGCUGAAGACAUGGCCAAGUGA